AUGUUGCGAGUGCCUUCAGCCUCUGUCGGGGCCAGGCCAAAACAUGGUGUUCCUCUUCCGUUAAAAUGUACAUUACACCAGCCACCUACCGUGUUACAUCUCUCCCAGGUUGCGGAAAGGAAUUCGAAGCAGCCGGCAAACCAGCAUGUUGCACCAAUCUGGCGGCAGUGUUCUUCUGCCCAUAGCCGCCAUAGGAGUCUUGUUAUACGUGCACAGGCAGCUCCGGCAGCGGCUGUGCCCCAGCUUUAUACCUCUGUGGCGCCUGGCAAGGCGCAUCCGUUGGGACCUAGUAAAACAGAGCAGGGCAUCAAUUUUGCUCUUUUCAGCCGCCACGCAAAGUCGGCAAGGCUUUGUCUCUUCAAUGAGAAGGCGCAGCAGGUCGACGAGAUCGAAUGUCGCCGCACUGGUGACGUAUUCCACCUGGAGCUAGUGGGUCUCCCGGGCAGUGACGUACGGUACGGCUUCAAAGUGGCGGGCGAUGGCGGCUGGGACGCGGGGCACCGGUGGGCUCCAGGGAAAGUCCUCCUGGAUCCGUACGCGCCGCUGGUUUCGGGGCGGAGGAGGUUUGGAGUACGGGACGAGGUGGAGCAAUUUAAAGGCAAGGAAGGCAGCCUGUUCCUGGGCGCGUACGACUUCGACUCGCCGCCGUACGACUGGGGACCCAACUACCGCCGGCCGGGUCACUCUCUGAAGGACCUGGUCAUCUACGAGGUGCCCGUACGGUGUUUCACGGCAGAUCCCUCCUCGGGGCUGGUUCCGGAGCUGAGGGGGACCUUUGCGGGGCUGGCGGCCAAGGCCCCCUACCUCGCCUCGUUGGGAGUCAACGCCGUGGAGCUACUGCCCGUAUUCGAGUGGGACGAGCUGGAGUUCCGCCGUACCCGCAACCCUCGAGACCACAUGACCAAUGUGUGGGGCUACUCCCACAUCAACUUCUUCGCGCCCAUGAGCCGCUUGGCAGCAGCAGCGACGGAGGCAGGGGCGGCGGCGGCAGCAGCAGCAGUAGCGGGGGCAGCAGUAGCGGGGGGGGAAGGGGCAGCAGCGAAUGGAACGGGUAACGGGGCAGUAGCAGUGGGACCGGGGGCGGUGGCGAAGGAGUUCAAGAACAUGGUGAAGACGCUCCACUCGUACGGCAUCGAGGUUAUUCUGGACGUGGUGUACAACCACACGGCGGAAGCGGACGACAAAGAUCCGUACACUUUGUCGUUCCGAGGUAUCGACAACAAAACGUACUACAUGAUCGAUCCCACCCAAUUCGUACAGCUCGUCAACUGGUCGGGAUGCGGCAACACCGUUAACGCAAACGACCCAACCGUCAACGAGCGGGGCCGCCCCCUGGACGCUCCCCCCCUCAUUCGGGCCAUCUCCAAGCACCCCCUGCUGUCGCAAACCAAACUCAUUGCGGAGCCCUGGGACAUCGGGAUGUACCAGGUCGGCAGUUUCCCGAACUGGGACGUGUGGGCGGAGUGGAACGGCCGCUACCGCGAUGACGUGCGCAAGUUCAUCAAGGGCGAUCCAGGUAUGAAGCGUGCAUUUGCGACGCGUCUGGCUGGCUCCGCGGAUCUGUACAACAAUCACAACCGCCGGCCGUACCACUCAAUCAACUUCAUCACCGCGCACGACGGUUUUUCGUUAUAUGACCUAGUGUCGUACAACGAAAAGCGCAAUGACGCUAACGGCGAGGGCAACCGUGACGGCACCAAUGACAAUUUCUCUUGGAAUUGCGGAUAUGAGGGGCCCAGCAGCGACCCAGGGGUCAGUUCGUUACGACAGCGUCAGAUCCGCAACUACCUUGUGGCGCUAAUGCUGAGCCAGGGGACACCCAUGAUUGUCAGCGGUGAUGAAGUGGGCAAGACCCACGGGGGUAACAACAACUGGUACGGCCACGACAAUGCCAUGGCGCAUUUGCAGUGGGCGGAGGGGGAGCCGCAGCGAGAUGCGCUGUUGCGGUUCACCUCCGAGCUGAUCAAAUUCCGGAGGGCGCAUCCCGCGUUGGGACGAGAACACUUCCUGAGCCCCGCGGACAUCACAUGGCAUGAAGAUAACUGGCACAACGACGAGUCUCGCUUCCUCGCCUUCACCCUGCAUCACCGCGAGGCCGGGGACAUCUACGCGGCCUUCAACGCACAUGCCUUCGCCGUAUCCGCAACCCUGCCCCGCCCGCCGCCGGGCCGGAAAUGGUCUCGGGUUGUGGACACCAACCUCCCCGCGCCCAAGGACUUCACGCCGGGGGGAAAUGCGGGGGUGGACCAUGUGUAUCAGGUGCAGGCCUUCUCCUCCAUCGUCCUCAUUGCCAAUCCGCUGUGA